UUUACUAAUUUCUAGGUUAGGUUUAGUUUUUGUAGAAAACAACAUGGACGUUGUAAAUGAGGUUUUCGAAAAAUCAGCCAAAGAGGCUGAAAAAUAUAAACCUAUAACGGUUAAAAAACAUUUAGACUUGGAUUAUGACCUAGGAACACUGUUGGCAGUAGAUAAUAAUGAAUUUGAACAGCAGCUUUUAAGCCAAAAUAAAAAUGAUUACUUAUUAAAUUUAACGAGAGAUAAUACACAACUGUUGCUAAAUAAAAUUUGGGCGCUUCCUACAGAAAGAGUCGAGGAAGCAAUUGUAGUGAAGCUUCCUCCAGCUAGAACAGUUUUACCUAGAAUGAAACCAGUACCAAGACCAAAACCACUUACAAAGUGGCAACAGUUUGCUAAAGACAAAGGCAUACAAAAGAAAAAGAAGUCGAAGCUUUCCUGGGACGAACAAUUGCAAAAAUGGGUGCCUUUAUAUGGAUUUAAGCGAGCUAAAGCACAAAGGGAGAAAGAUUGGCUUUUAGAAGUGCCUGGAAAUGCAGAUCCAAUGGAAGAUCAAUUUGCUAAAAGAAUUGAAACCAAAGGUGAAAAAAUUGCCAAGAAUGAAUUACAACGAUUAAGAAAUAUUGCAAGAUCAAGAAAAGUUAAAAUACCUAGAGUUGGAAUAACUAACUCUGAUGCUUCAACUGCUACAGAGUUACAAACAGCUGUAACAGUGGCUAAAGCAUCAACAGCUAGUUUGGGUAAAUUUCAAAAUAAAUUACCUACAGAAAAAGAAGCUAGGGGUGUGUCUGCUAUAACUCCAGGAGCUACCAGAAAAAGAAAACUUCCCCCAGUAUCGGCCGAUAUUGAGAAAAGUGAAAACCUUGCCAUAGUUGAAACAAUACUGAAUAAAAGACCAAAAUUAGAUAUUGAAAAAGCAGUAGCAAGGCAUAUAAAUAGUGAUCAAUUGGAAAGUUCUCAAAAGAAGCAAAAUGUAGGUUCACAUAAAAAAGGUCACAAGAAUAAAGGUUCAGGAAAUGCCAAGAAACCAAAAAGUGGGAAGGGUCAAAGAAAAGGAAAAACAGGUGGUGGAAGAAAGAGGCGUUAAAAUCUAUUGGAAUAAUUUGAUAAUAGGUUAAAUUUAUACAUACCCGAUCAUCAUACUGAGGAGUAGUCGAAGCUUCUUUGGCUGCUUUAUCCAGCAUUUGUAACAUAUACUUG